AGAUAAAUAAUCAAACAACUCUAUCUGAAAUAGCAAAUUUAUUUUAUGUGAAGUAGAAGCAAAGAAUUUGCCUUAUUGCAGUCCCUGACUUGCACUGAACCGCUACUUCCUCAAGACUUAAAGCACCAGAAAGCCAUAAAUCAACAUACGCAAGCCUCUCCACUUUCUUCUGCCACCUCUAUCCUUCUGAUGUAAUUCCCCGUCAUCAAUCUUAAAUAAGCCCACAAACCUUUUAGAAACCUAACUACUGCUUAUAUAUAUACCAUUAGUGUACUAUACAACUAAUAGAAGCUCAGAAAAAUGUCAGGGCUUCUCCUCCUCCUUGCAGCCUCAUUCUUGCUCCUAUGGAAGCCUACUGCAGCGGCAGCGCUUUCAACAAACUCCCGCUGGAUUGUCGAUGAAUCAGGGCGGCGGGUGAAGCUGGCAUGUGUGAAUUGGGUAUCCCAUCUUGAGGACAUGCUGGCUGAGGGGCUUAGCAAGCAGCCUCUGGAUGCAAUCUCCCAAAGCAUAGUUUCCAUGGGGUUCAAUUGUGUCAGGUUCACCUGGCCGCUUUACCUGGCCACCGACGACAAUUUGGCGACGCUCACAGUUCGACAGUCAUUCCUGUCUCUUGGCCUUAAUGAGUCCAUUGCUGCCAUCCAACUGAAAAAUCCAGCUCUGGUUGAUCUCCCUCUCCUUCAGGCAUACAAGGCUGUGGUUAGGAACUUAGGUGACAACAACAUAAUGGUGAUAUUGGACAACCACAUAAGCAAGCCAGGAUGGUGCUGCAGCAAUUCUGACGGCAAUGGCUUCUUUGGAGAUAAAUAUUUCGACCCUGAUUUGUGGGUGAACGGGCUAACUAAAAUGGCUGGCUUGUUUAACGACACUGCCAAUGUGGUUGGCAUGAGCCUGAGGAAUGAACUCAGAGGACCGAAGCAGAACGUGAAUGACUGGUACAAAUACAUGCAAAGAGGUGCAGAGGCAGUACAUGCAGCUAAUCCAAACGUCCUCGUAAUACUAUCCGGCCUCAGUUUUGACAAUGAUCUGAGCUUCCUUUCAAAUAAGCAAGUUCAGCUAAGCUUUUCUGCAAAGCUUGUGUUUGAGCUGCAUUGGUAUGCCUUCUCUAAUGGAAAUGCUUGGGCAAGUGGCAGCCCCAACCAAGUCUGUGGCUCCAUUUCUUCAAGCGUGAUGAGAAAGGCAGGAUUCCUAUUAAAACAGGGCUGGCCCCUGUUCAUAAGUGAGUUUGGAAUAGAUCAACGAGGCACAAACACCAACGACAACCGCUACUUGGGCUGCAUUCUUGGCUUGGCAGCGGAGCUUGAUGUGGACUGGGCUCUCUGGACUCUGCAAGGAAGUUACUAUCUCAGGCAAGGCGUGCUCGGCAUGGAAGAGUUCUAUGGCGUGCUCUCUUAUGAUUGGUGCAAGCAAAGGAACUCUUCCUUUUUAAAAAGGAUAUCGACUCUGCAAUCACCUUUUCAAGGUCCUGGCCUUUCCGAUACACAGCCUUACAAAGUUCUCUUCCACCCAGCAACUGGGCUGUGUGUGGCGAAGAAAUCUUUGCUUGAGCCGCUUCACCUGGGGUCAUGCGAUGAGCCAGAAGCCUUGGAUUACACCGAACAACACAGUCUAGUAUCACAAGGGACAUUGAUUUGUCUGAAAGCAGCAGGUGAGGGUGAGAAGGUGAAGUUUGGAGUCUUUUGCAGCGAUUCUGCUUCACAAUGGGAGCUCAUAUCGGAUUCGAAAAUGCAUUUGUCAACAAAGCUGACGGCCAACAGCAGCGCCAGUCUGUGCUUGGACGUCGACUCAGAUGGAAGAACUAUAGUGACCAACACAUGCCGGUGCCUCAGCAACGAUCGAACUUGUGAUCCUGAAAACCAGUGGUUCAGGAUAAUUGACAGCAGCAGACCUGUUGCGAGUAAGAACUCGAUCAUGGAAUGGCUAUUUAGGAAUUUAUGGUGGAAUGUCUUGUGAGUCUAAGUAUUUCUAUGUAUGAUUUGAAUGGAUAAAUUCAUCAGAGUCUCUAACGGUAAAUUUGAGAAAGGGAAGGUGUAAGAUACUAAGAAAUAAAGCCAUUAUGAACUUAUGAUUCA